AAGAAAUUAGUUUGUUUUUUUCCUCAAACAGUUGAAGUCAUCGUGAUUUUACUUCCGGAAAAAUAACAUCGCUUAUGUGUAUUCUAAAAAUAUUGGUUUCGGCUUUUGACAUUCUCUAUUAAUAUUUGGCGGAGGAAGGACGCAAUUAUGGUUAUCGGCUAUUUCGCAGGACUUCCCUCCCUGAAGCGGUUUGGUUCGAGCCGUUGUGAUGAUUGGGUAGACCGCCUCAAUCAUGUUCACACGUCUUUGCUACUCCUUACUUUGGCCAUUCUUAUCAGCACAACACAUUUGGUUGGCAGCCCUAUAAAGUGCUGGGUACCAGCUGAGUUUGAUGAUGAAGACGAGCACACGAAUUCGUUCGAACACUAUAUCCACAACUACUGCUGGAUGAGGAAUACUUACUACAUACCAAUGCUUGACGUUAUUCCAACAGACGUCAGUCGUCGGCAGGAAGAGGAAAUCACAUACUAUCAAUGGGUUCCGUUGAUUCUUCUGCUUCAAGCGUUCCUUUUCAAGCUUCCAUUUAUUUUAUGGAAAAUGCUUCAUGUCGCCUCAGGUCUGAAUCUUAGCAGUCUUUGUAAAACUGCCGAGCUUACACAGUGCACAUCACCGGAAGACCGCAAGGGGGCGAUAGAGUCUCUCGUCUUUGUUAUGGAGAAAUGGAUACACAGCCACCAACCGUAUAAACACAAUGCCCUGGCGCGAGCCAAGGCGCGGUUUUCUCACGUGUUUUGUUUCUAUUGCAACAAGAGAGAAGGAACAUUCCUAACUGGUCUUUACUUGUUCAUUAAAGUCCUUUACUUUGCAAAUGUGGUUGGACAGAUAUUUCUUCUGAAUGCAUUCAUUACAACUGACCAAGGUAGCAUGUAUGGACUAGAAUGGCUGCAGUCGUUUAGAAGUGGUUCUAAAGUUAUGGAAAGUCAGCGUUUUCCUAGAGUGACUCUCUGUGACUUCUUGAUUCGACAAAUGAACAAUGUGCAAAGGUAUACGGUACAGUGUGUAUUACCCAUAAAUUUAUUCAAUGAGAAAAUAUUUCUUUUUCUCUGGUUUUGGUUCUGUUUCGUCGCCAUACUUAGUGGAUAUAACUUCAUCAAGUGGAUAAUCUUGAUUGUGGUAAAGAGGAACAACUAUGAUUAUGUAAAGAAAUAUCUAAAACUUGGUGGAAGGACACUCCAGGCUUCUGAUAAACAGUUGUGCAAAAAGUUUGCUGAAAAAUAUCUAAGGGAUGACGGGUGCUUCGUGGCCAGAAUGGUGGGAAUGAAUUCAACAGACAUGGUGAUCAUGGACAUGUUUAGCGACUUGUUUGCGGAAUACAAGGAAAGACAAAAGCCUGAUUCUUCGGACGAAAACAGUCAUGGUCACGCAGUUCCGGAACAGUAGUUAUAGAGUUGAAUUCCGGUGCACUUGAUUGGAAAGUUUUAUUUUUACCAACGAGCAUACCUUCAUUAAAUGCUAAAAGUUACCAACUUAUACGAAAUAAGAGAAUGAUGGACAUCAGAUUAUUUGCCUUGGUCGGAAAAUCAACGCAACCAUUGAUUAGCCGGUAAACUGUAAAAAAAUGGUAUUUAGCAUUCAAUUAAUUUUUAAUGAAAGUGGCCGAAAAUUAUAAUCUUUAAAAUGAUUUUUUUUCUAAAAUAGCAUUAUUUUCUCUGUCUCAUUGAACUGCAUUUAUAUACAGCCAGUGUUCAAAAUGUCUGCGGAGCUAUUAUAACAACAAAAAAACAACAUUUAUUUAGCCAACUCGGCAUAACAUAUAAGUUUCUUUGGCUAAAGAACAGUGUACAUACAUAUAUUAACAUAAAACGUGGGUGAAUAUGGCAAGAUCCUAUUAAUAAUACAAUACACACUUAAUACAAUUAUGGUCUUCCUUUAUAAAUCCAUGGCCAAAUUUGGUAAAAUUUGAUAAUUUGCUAUCGGCAGGAAACAGAAAACUAUUAAUAGUUUCUUAGCUGUUUCCUGUCGAUAGCAAAUUAUCAAAUUUGACCAAAUUUGGCCAUAAGAGUUUUGGUAGAUAUUUUAUACGUAAAUAUUUAUAUUUCUGGCAAAUGAUUACAAAAUAAUAUUCAGUUUCAACCAUAUCUGAAUUACAUUGUUGACAAAUCCUGAUCGUUGUAACGACACGUUUCAAUUGCUUGGUUAUGCGAUGAUAGUCUGAAACAUGUUAACAAUUUCCUUAACAAAUUAUUUUCAAUCUUGUCUAUAAAUAUAAUUCAUACUUAAAGGAUGAUUUGAAUCUUAUAUAUUAAUCAAGUUUUUUCAUACCAGUGACCCUUUCGUGUGUAUACAUACUGAUGCUUAUAAACAUUACAGUGUAAUUAUAUAGUGCGAUAUUCACGCGACCAUAUUUAGUUGCUUAUAUCAUAAUUGUAGUAGCAAUUUAUAGAUUAUAGUGUUGUGCGUAAUAUAUACAGAAUGUAUUGACUUUGAAGGCCUAGCGCCGGUAAACAACCGUGUUUAAUAUACAAAAGGUGUUCAACUUGUAUUUAAACACUUAAUUGUUCAAUGAUCUGCAUUUCAUUGCAACAAGUGUUCGAUUUGAGAUUUAUUACAAUGAUAAAUCAUUCUGAAACCCUUAGACCAAGAAAAAAUUGUAUUAAUAGUUUAUUAGUCCAGUUCCUUCAGUUUGUCCUUAAGAUCAAUUUUAAGCCAUGGCUGCGGUCUCCUCGUCAGGAUACCUCAUAAACUGUAGACUAUUUUGGCUGCGCUCAGAGGCUAUGUACAUGAUAUUCCUCAUGGGUUGUGACAGUGAUUUUUAUAAUGUUAAGACAGUUAAAUAUCUGUUUAGAUAUAUAAUUUGAUACGAUGUUUUGAUGAAGUAUCAAACAUUAAGCAAAAGUGUCUGGAAACAGGCUACGCACAAUCUUGUCCACAAAUUGUCCAAACAAGUAACAAUGAUUGAAACGUUUUCUAUAUAGCUUUCAGAAUACAUGUACACUUUAUUUCAUUUGUUGACGAUUCGAAUCUCAGUAUUGCCUUAAGUGAUAACAAGAAUCAAGCGUGUACAUCUGUUUCUCACAGUCAUUGCCGCCUUUUCUGAUAAAGCACAUGUUCCACCUGAGUAGAACAAAGCCACACCUGAGUAAGAUUGUUCUCAUAUCUGAUUGUACAUUUUCUUAUACAGGCUCUGUGAACUUGCCCUUUCUUUGUUUUGUUUCCUAACUUUAUAACAGAAGACGGUGAAACGUUUCGAGAGAAAAUCCUUAAUUGGCUGUCAUCUGUCUUUUUGCCGGCAAACAGAUUUUUGGAUACUUAAUGGACGUUUUUGGAACGUUUUGUGAAUUUCAGUUGCACCCUAACCGAAUACAUGUAUUAUGACAAAUAUAAUCGUGAUCAGUUUACAGAAAUGUUAUAUCCGAGCUCAUUUAUUACUUUUCUCAAAGUUUUAUAUGAAAAGAUAAGCUUCAAAAGCACAAACACUAUGCUGUCUAGUUUGCAAAGGGUAAAACUAAAAUAUUUUCGAACCAAAGUACUGAACGUAGUGCUUGAAACAAACAUUUUCGAAGUUUUCGUGAAUGUCUCUCAGAAUGUUAGAUUGUAAAGUGUUUAGCUAAAAGUUGAACACCACCUCUCGUAGUGCUAAACAUUAUAUAUACAGAAUAUGUAACCUUCAAUGUGCGGUGCCAGUAAAAUUACACAUACAGAAUAUAUUAUGUGCCAGUUAACAGCCUGGUAACGUCUUGCCUAUUUCCGUACAUUUUCCUGCAUUUUUUACUCGAGUCAUUUUUUUGCAUUGCCUGAUUUGUUUACUUUUUUGUUUAUUUCGUUCAAGUUUCAAGUUUAUUGAUAAAGUCAUGGCACUUUAAGGGCAUCUGACAACAACAACAUAAAAUGAUAAACAGUAACAAAAUAAUGAAGAUGGCAAAAAGCAGCAAUGAUGCCAUUGAUAUUGUUUCCUUUAUACUUAUACAGACACUUCAAGUGCUAUCCAAUCGAAGGCUGAAAGAAAAGUGAAAUUUUUUUUUUUGGUUAUUAUUUUUGUUGUUGUUGUUUUUUAUUUGUUUGUUUCUUUUUUCUUUGUUUUAACUUGGCAGCAGCUGGUCCAAUUCUUUUGACCAGUGAGGAACGUAAGGUAUAAUUUUAAUUUACAAACCAAACUAAAAUCUGGAGCAGAAUUACAACCUAGCUUAUUUCACGUGUGCAGGCAUGUUUUGUUGAAUUACGUUUACUCUGUAAUUAUUUAGCUUAUUAUAUAUAAUAAGUUUAAUUCAUGUGCAUUUAUGAAUUUUAUACCCCGUUUCUCUAGAGGCCAUAUUAACUGUUUUACAGCCAAUUGUCGGUUUUGUUUAGUCUAUUAUAUUUAUUUUGCGCUUAAGUAUUUUAUUUACAGUUUAUAAUGUUUAUUCUCUUUGCUCUGUGUGAUAAAAAUUGUUUAUCUCUAUAACAAUAAAGCCGACAAUAAAAGGUA